UGCGCGAGAAAAAUAAACAAAUGACGAACGAAUAACGAUUUCACCACUAUCAUUUACGUGUAAACAUUAGUGGAACUAGAAUUUGUUUACCUAGUGGAUGUGUGGGGAAUAGCGUAGGCAUUUAUAUAAAUGUUACGGUAGACAAGAAGAAAAGUUGAGUGCAGUGUUGUGAUACUGACCUGCACUACAGUAUAUAAAUUAAGUUUUUUGAUUUGUAAAUUUAGUUUUUUUUUAUUUUCUGCCUGAUACCGAUGAUAAUAUCUGAGCAAAAUGUCAAAGAUCUUUACCCCUACCAAUCAAAUUCGGCUAACAAAUGUUGCUGUUGUGCGCAUGAAAAAAGGUGGAAAACGUUUCGAAAUAGCAUGUUAUAAGAACAAAGUCAUUUCAUGGAGAAACAAAGUGGAGAAGGACAUAGACGAGGUGCUGCAGACGCACACGGUCUUCACGAACGUGUCCAAGGGCCAGGUGGCCAAGAAGGAGGACCUGGUGAGGGCGUUCGGCACGGAGGACCAGACGGAGGUCUGCAAGGAGAUCCUGGCGAAGGGCGAGCUGCAGGUGUCCGACAAGGAGCGCAACACGCAGCUUGAGAGCCUCUUCAGGGACAUAGCGACCACCGUGGCAGAUAAAUGUGUAAAUCCAGAGUCAAAAAGGCCUUAUCCUGUUUCGAUGAUAGAAAAGGCAAUGAAAGAUAUCCAUUUUUCGGUGAAGCCCACCAAAAACGCCAAACAGCAGGCGCUGGACGUGAUCCCGCAGCUGAAGGCCACCAUGCCCAUCGAGCGGGCCCAGAUGCGCCUGAGGGUGGCCCUGGGCGGCAAGGAGGCCCGCAAGCUGCGAGACAAGGUGGCGCGGCUCGCCACCAGCGUGGAGGCCGAGGACUGGAGCGGCGGCGAGCUCUCCAUGGUGUGCCUGAUCGACCCCGGCCAUUACCGCGAGAUGGACGACAUCGUGCGCAACGAGACGAAGGGCAAUGGACGGCUGGAGCUGGUCGACCUCAAGGAAGUCAUGGAGGGGGAAGAAGUACUGGAGUGACCGGGAUGAUUCUCUGGCUGCCGUGAAGUGCCGUUGUGGUGAUGACUCCGACCCGCUGUGGCAGUGUAGCACAUUGACGAUCCUUACCUGGAUCUGGGGGCAAAAACUGUGUUAUCCUGGAGUCCAUAGAAAAUUCUGGUUUUUUUAUGCAAGAAUGUGUCGGUGAAAACGAGGUCACAACUAACACUGAGGUUUCAAAUGUGUUAUAUUCGGAAUUCCUGUUAUUUUUGGCAAUUUGUAGUAAGAAGUAUUCUUUUUCUAUGUGAAUUUAUUAUGUUGCUGGAUGUAAAAUUAACCAUCCAAUUCCUACACCAUUGUCAACUAACCAGGUAUUGGUCGACAAUAGGAAUUACAUUCAAAACACUUGCAAACAAGCCCUUAAAAUGGACGUGAAGUUUGUAGCAGAAUAUUAUUCUGGCUGAUGUUAUAUUGAUUUUACUAGUCAACUAACAAGUUUUUGUUUCCACGGGAGCGUGCUGCAGCUAGUGUGUGGGUUCGUUGAAGCAACAUGCACAUAAUGUGUUUUUCUAAACUGCAAAAGUAUUUUGCACAUGAAUGCUUAUCUUUGCCAGAACUGUAAUAUUAAUAAUCUGUUGUUUAUAUUUUAGUAUCCAUGUGAAGGUAUGUACAGUAAAAAUAAAGUCUUCUGUAAAAUUUU